AGAUGGAGACUGGGAAGAAGGAUCGAGAGGAGUAAAUGUGGGAUCGAGCGUCAAGUCGUGAAAGGAUGAGCCGAGGGAGCAAAUGAUACAACGGAAUGGUCUGCAAAUCUUGCGCGGAGCGAUCAGCCGGUGUCGAAGCCGUGGGAAUGGAAAUGUGAUGGGGAUGAGGAUGGAGACGAGCGGAGCCAUGGAGGACACUCGCAGUGUCGACAGCAGGAAGGAUGGGAGCAGCGACGAGUCGAAGGCUACGGGCGCUGCGGUGGUGCAGGAGGAUGGCGAGGAGCGAGGGGCCGACACGAGCGGCAAUGCAAGAAGCUCGUGUGGAAGCAGGAAAAGCUGGAGGAGGAGAAGAGCCGUGGAACGCAGGGAAGCCGAAGACAUCAAGCGAUGUGGAAUGUGGUUGCCAUCCAAGCGCCGGUUCUGCGGCAGUAGUGCUCUGGCCACUUCGCCCUUCUGCGGGAACCACGACCCCGCGGCGGGAGAGAAGAGGGUUCCGUGCCCCGUCGAUCCUUCGCACACCGUCUUGCACAACGAUGUGGCAGCGCACGUCAAAAGAUGCCAGGCGACCAAGCACAUGAAGUUCUCCGAGGAGCAGCCCUACUACUGCAAGGGCAUCAACGCCGGCAGCGACGGUGAGGAAGAUGGGCGAGCCUCGCGAGACGACCACGAUUGCUCCGAAGAAUCGCGCGCAGCCGCCGAGAUCCCUCCCGCCGAGAUCCCUCCCGCGGAUCCUCCCCGAGAGAACGGAGCAUGCGGCAAAACCGAGCAACGAGUCGAAUUUCUGAGCUCUGCCGCAAAGCGGUCCGCGAUUACGGCGCUAUCCGAGCGCCAGUUUCUGGAGCUGGUCCGACGCAUCGAGUCCGCGCAUGAAGCGAGCCGCUCGGAGACCGUCGAGGAGAGCUUUCUCCAGCCACCGCAGUGUCUGCAAUGGUGGGAUCGGAACCGUGACAAGAGAUUACCCUUCAAGGAAAAGCACGUCUCGCAGCAGGCGUCGAUGCUGGGGAACUUCGAGGCAUUCGGGCUUCUGAAGCGGGACGGGGCCGGGGACGCCAACGACGACUCCGAUUCAUCGAAGGCAGGGGGAGAUUGCGAGAGUCGAGCGUUCGUGGAAUUCGGGGCCGGAAGGGGGUAUCUGUCCCAUAUGCUGUGCGACAGCUACGGAGUGUCGUCGGUGGUGCUGGUAGAACGCAAGGCCUACAAGUAUAAAGCGGACCGGACGCUGCGACAGCUGACGGGAGUUUCCGUGGAGCGGCUGAGGACCGACAUCGAAGACCUCUCGGUGCGAGGCGUCCCAGCCUUGCAAGGGCGGCGCUACGUCGCUGUGAGCAAGCAUCUCUGCGGGCCAGCCACGGAUUUGACAUUGCGGUGCUGCCUGAAUGAGGCCGGCAGCUCGGAUCCGACGGGACUCGAUUCGAGUCCCGUCCUGGAGGGCGUGGGGAUCGCUACAUGUUGUCAUCACCUCUGCCAGUGGAGGUCUUAUGUCAACAAACCGUAUUUCCGAGAAAUUGGAUUUUCUGAAGCCGACUUUAACAUGAUCACGUGGUUGACAAGUUGGGCUGUGAACGAGAGCGGGGAUCAUGCUGAAGUCGAGAUUCCGGAAGCGCAGAAAAUUCCAGACCAUAGAGUAGUACCAGAUGGGACAUCCCCUGGGGCACAAAUCUUUGCACCGCGCUUGUCAGAAGUCAUGGAUGCCAUGGAGGAUGGCGCGAGAGCAGAACUGGGAAGAAAGUGCAAACAUUUGAUCGAUUUUGGGAGGCUUCUGUUUCUCAGACGGCAUGGAAUGAGUGCGAAGAUUGUUAAAUAUAUCUCGGCAACGGUCUCCCCUGAGAACAAAUUACUUUUAGGUAGGAGAAUUUUCGCUUAGAUGGAUCAGAGCAUUCAUUGCCUCGACAUGUACUUUCCUCUUCGGUGACUCUGGUGCCUUGGUGGGUGAAUAAAGUUCCACUGGUGGCUCGUCAACUUUUUCUGUUACACCAAGACAGGAAAGUGCAGCAGGGCUGGGUUUCAGCUUCAUUUCAGUCCUGAAGACCUCUGAUAUCAUGACUGUGUGAGGGAUGUAACCGAAUACCUCAGAAAAUCUCAUGGCCACUCCACACGAGCACUUACUCAGGAAAGCGCUUUUAUUGGAAAGUUGGGCGUGUCCGCACUCUCGAACGAGUUCUGAAGAUGUUACUUUCUUCUUCAUCCACGCAGCAAGUCGCGGGGCCAUAUCCUUUCACUGCUUCACUCGAAUCUCAGAUGGACAACUCUGGUACCGAUUAUCAAGGUUCAUGGUUUGGUUAUGGUAUGCUGACAAGGUGCAGUAGAAAGUCAUGAGAUAAUCGUUGGCAUGAUUUCCAGAAUUCCUCUUAUCACCUGCAUCAUAGUGGGAUGAGAGAAAAGUAAACGCCCGAAAAACGGUAAGGGAGUUGAGACGGCUGGCAAAAGCGAUGCACGUGGAAAUUGAAGCUGAAUGUCACAAACUGGCAGCGAAGGAAAAGAAUUGGGAAACGCACGUUGAAUACACAUGAAAAACGAAACCCACAGUAACGGUCAAAACUGUAUGAGAUCUGAGUGAUUUCGGUUUUUAAUAUGAAUACUCUUCAACCAAGGCUUCUACGUCGACGAGACUUUCAUUCGAUUCUGGUCAUAAUACGACUCUCAUGCACCUCCGAUGCGACUUUCCGUUUCUCUUGAUGUUAUGAGGUAAUAUCACUCCUUAAAGUCCAUGAAGUAUGAAACUUUGAGGGGAUUCAACCUGUUCAAGACAUGAUCAGAAAGAUCAUGUGUUUCAAACCGAUAUAAAAAUAAAUUCUCCCCCUUUUC